AUGGCUGCUUUGGUACAAACCCUACCAGCUCAAACUACAACGGUCACAAUGGUCGGUCGCCCUUCAUCCUCGGGAAGUUAUCCUUCCCAGGGCCCUCACGGCCAGAUGAGGAGUCAUCAACCGAGCCGCUACAACAACAUGUCGGCGACUGGGUACAGAGGAAUGCCAGCUACUGGACCUGUGGCUCCUUACGCUUUCACGUCAACACCGCACCUGGCCAACCCCAAUAUAAAUCGUCAGUCGAAUCUCAAUCCUGGCCGAACCAGCUCUGCUCCCAGAGUUCAACAAACACAGCCCGGCUCCUCCUCCAAUCAGCCUACCACCUCCAACGGUCAUACACAAGUCGAUGCUGGCAUUCGGCCUCUGUCGUUAAAUCUUCCCGCCAUCCCAUCCACCGGUUCAUUGAUGGGACCGCCGCUGCCAAGCCCUCCCGUAUCCUCUACUGCGGUUAAGCCAUCACCAGAUCGAUAUCGAAGGAAUACUCGGCGGCCUGAUGGAGAAAAUGGUUUCGUAAAGGCCUCCGCUGGUUCUGCCUUCCCUUCGGGCUCUGGUAUGGCUGCUGUUGGCUCGCUCUAUAAUCACCCGUCUCAAUCCAGCAGUACUCCAUCCUUGAACUCGCAACAAUCCUACCGGGGCUCCUUGUAUAGCAACACUGGCACACCGAAAAACUCGAGUGCAGAUGAUCUUCAAUUGAGCCGACCUCAGCCCGCCGAACUUGCUGCAAGGUAUCGCAGACGUAGUUUUGGAAGCAUAGAAACAGCCGGUCUAAACCAUGCAAUCGACCCCCAACAAACCUCGUCUCCACAUCCGAAUGCAUUCCUCCAACAACAGAAUCCAAAUGUUCCCGCAACGAGCCAGCGUCCCUCCUACCACAAGCACACUGGAAGCUCUGAGAGUAUUGCCUCCUCAAAGUCAACUCAGUCAUCGCGCCCUGGAUCGGCUCGGAUUGAACAACCUACGGUUAAUGCUCCGGUCUCCGCAACUGGAGCAACCACCUCACCCUACUCAGACCAAAGAUUGACAGCCAUGUCGCGACCAGGGGAUUCGAGCAUUCGCCAACGUUCGCCUUUGUCUCGACCAGUCGACUUCAACGCUGAUACCAUAGACCGCGUGGACCCGGCUCCGACCCAUGCAGCAUCGAAUCCAGCUUUUCAUACGUCCAGAAAUCAGGUUACAACGAGCCCAGCCGUAGAACAUCUCUCUGCCCUCAACCAGAAAGAUGCGAAGAAGCCGAAGUCGAAGUUGCGGAGGGCAUUCUCUUUUGGCAGUGCUGCAGAGCUCAGACAAGCCACGACUCAGAACAACCACGAGAAGAGUAUUGCUAACAAGACUGUGCAUACGUCCAAGAGAAAUUCCAAAUAUGAGGACGAGUUGGAUCCCGAACAGGCCAGGAUUGCCGAAAAGCAAGAAGCUGGGGGACUGGGCGAGAGCAUCUAUUCCGGCCAGGGUAAUUUCUUCACCGGCUCAACUGACAACUUGUCCAUUUCUUCCACGGCGUCUUCCGCCUCUGUGAUGCUCCGUAAGAUGGGCAAAGGCGUCAAGAAGGGCACUCGAUCUCUGGUGGGAUUGUUCCGCCCGAAGUCCGUGGUUGGAGUCCCUGCGGCUGAUGGCCCCGUCAACCACGCCAGUAUAGCUGAAGUUUCCAUGGUCACGGUCGAAGCAGAACGAGAGAAGGUCAACAUCAAUCCCAGCCCUCGUGAUCAGGUUGGAGGUGGAACUGGAUUUCCCAAACUGGAGCGAAACUCUAUCGAGACCAAACUUUCUUUCGACAGUGGAACAGUGUCAAGUGAUACGCGAUCCCGUCGGAGUAUUGUUGGUGGAGAAAAAGAACGUGCCGAGGUUCUUGCUGCAGUAAGGAAAGGUAUCCUGAAACGAUCGGACUCGAAUCAGCCGUCACCGAAACUUAAAGCGUAUGACUUCAAAGUGCCCGACUUCAAUCUACCACAGAUCCCCCACGUCAACGAUUCACCGAAGUCCAGUGCACCAAGCACUCCCGGCGACGAGCCUCCCCGGUCUGGCCAUCGUCGUACCGACUCUAUCACAAUCGAAGGCAACGACCAUGAUGACUAUUUCUCUUCGAUGAGCAGAUUCGCCAGCUUAGACUCGAAGAAUGCACCAUUGACACCCCAAGGCCUGAUCCGAAACAUUUCUUUCAGCCCUCGAAUCCAGUUUCACGACACUUGGCCAAGUGCAGAAUACGACCGCCGCGGAGACAUUGCGACCUGUAACCGUUUGACUCCAAUGCUUGCACAGCAGAUCAAGGAGGAACUCAAUACCUUCAAAAUGGAAAUGGAGGUCCAUGAGUCGUCCAAGGUCUACACUCAUUUCUUCUAG